GCGCCGACCCAUUCGCCGCCCGGCCCAGCCUCCGGAUCACGCUCCAGGGGAUAGCGGGCCCCCAGCACGUCGAGGAGCGUCACCGUCUCCUCCGGGCGCGCCUCAUCACCCUCUUGGGCGUCCUCGACACGCCCGGUGACCGGGAAGCCCGGGGCUGCACGCACGAAGACCUUGUGGCCUCCCUGGAGGAGUCGUACUCCGAGGUUCACCUGGUGUUCUUCUCGGAGUCGCGGCGCGCCCUCGCGUUCGCCUCCGGGGUCGGGCCCCCGGAGCUCACCCGCAGGCCCGAGGCCGCAAAGAAGCUACUCGAGGAAGGAGCGCACGAGGAGGACCCCGACGAGGAUCCUUACGACUGGGUGGCCAGCUGGAUCCCGGAAGGGAUGGCGGCGGACUGGGUGCGCACCCCCAUGCUGCCGACGGGCGGCUACACUAUCAGGGCGCCCAUCCCCGCAAGCUGGGUGGAGCUGUGGAAGCCCGAGGUCCUGCAGGAGAUGGGCCACUUCCCCCCGGAGCUGGCGGCGUGGCUGGAUUCCACCAUUCGGGUCGGGGGGGAUGGAUGGACCCAGUUGGAUGGGUGCCCGCGGAGCCUGGACGCCCACCGCGCCCUCCCGCUCCGCUUGGAGGAGGGAGGCACGGAGACGGUCUACUACCACCCGAAGCACAUGCUGCUGUUCUUCGUGGAGGCGCGGGAGGUCUACAGGCUGAUGCACCUGGUCCAGGGCCCAGUCCCCCAGCACCUCAGG